AUGGAGGCCUUGAAGUUCCUGAAAGAUUCCGUUGCGAGGUUUCGUAGCAUGGAAAUUACUAACGUGGCCUUUACGUUAAGUCUAGACAGGGCGAGUUUGAAGGGGUUCGAAGGAGAUGAUUCCAUUGAUCAGGGUGAGAUUGGCAUGGAUGAAACUAUUGGAAAGACCAACGAAAAUCCCCUUAAUCUGUGUCUUGAUGCACACAUAUCAUCGGACAAAGGCAGCGACAGAUUUUGGGCUUGUGUUGAAGUCCAAGACAAGUUCCUCGAAUGUGCCAAGGCUGCUAAUGCUAUCUCUGAUGUGGACCAAUUUUCUGCAAAUGGAAGCAUAAGUGUUAGGUAA